AUGAAGUCACAGAAUCGGACAGAGUUGUGUUCUACUCCAUGGAACUCAGCAAUAGAUUUUAAACAAGAGUUAGGCCACGCUCACGCGCAUGACUAUGAAUCUAUCACUACUUUUCAUGUCUCACCUAGAAGAUGUUGGCAACUAGUGAACAAGUUAAAAGGAAUGACAAGAAUCCCACACAAUUCACAUGGGACAAAUAAAGUGAUCAUAGUCCCAGCCUGAGAGGGCCCUUCCCUAAGUGGUGCUGAAUAAAACCCACAGUUGUUGGUCUGAGAGAGAUAGGCUACAGAGAGAUAGGCUACAGAGAGAGAGAGAGAGGCUACACACACCCAUCCAGGCACCAGCAUGGAUGACAUCUACAAGGCAGCGGUGGAACAACUCACAGAGGAACAAAAAAGUGAGUUCAAAGCAGCCUUUGACAUCUUCGUGCAAGAUGCGGAGGACGGCUGCAUCAGCACCAAGGAGCUGGGGAAGGUGAUGAGGAUGCUGGGUCAGAACCCCACCCCAGAGGAGCUGCAGGAGAUCAUCGAUGAGGUGGACGAAGAUGGUAGUGGCACUGUGGACUUUGACGAGUUCCUAGUGAUGAUGGUGAGGUGUAUGAAGGACGACAGCAAGAACAAAUCAGAGGAGGAGCUGGCAGAGAUCUUCAGGAUGUUUGACAAAAAUGGGGACGGCUACAUUGACCUGGAGGAGCUGAGGGCUAUGAUGGAGUCCACAGGGGAGGCCAUCACUGAGGAGGACGUGGAGGAACUCAUGAAGGAUGGAGACAGGAACAGUGACGGCAAGAUCGACUAUGAUGAAUUUAUGGAGUUCAUGAAAGGAGUGGAGUAGAUGGAGAGUCAUCACAACAUUCAAUUGGUUUACAUUUUACUUAUCAGUUUUUAACUGGCAGUUUUGUAGCAUGGCUUAUUUUCCCGAAAGGGUGGUCAUCUUCAGGCUUGGACCCCUGAAUGCAGCUACAAACCCCAACUCCGGUGAAGUUGGGACGU